AAUAACAAAGGCGUUAAUAGAUCAGGAUGGUCCCAGUUGGAGGGAGAAACUGCCACCAAUUCCAGUUGUCCCAGUUGCUGCUCAGCUACACAGGUGGGAUGGAGGAAACUUUACUUCAGAAAAUAAGCCAAGAAGUACUAUAGAGAGCAACAGAGAAGAACAGUUGCCGAUGAAUUGUGAGGAAGCUGAGGAGAAGUUCAAGACUUUAAAAACUGAAGGGAAUGAUUUUGUAAAAAAGGGUAAAUAUGAAGAAGCUGUAAAUAAAUACAACGAAUGCAUGAAGUUAAAUACCAAGGAAUGUGCAGUCUACACUAACAGAGCUCUCUGUUACUUGAAACUGUGUAAAUAUGAAGAGGCUAAACAGGAUUGUGAUCAUGUUCUUCAGAUAGAAGAUUCUAAUAUUAAAGCUUUUUAUAGAAGAGCGCUAGCAUACAAAGGAUUACAGAAUUAUCAAGCUAGUGUCGAUGAUUUGAACAGAGUACUUCUGAUAGAUCCACACGUUCUUGAAGCAAAACAGGAACUAGAGGAGGUAACCCAAUUGCUAAACGUUGACAGCAGCGCUGGAGCUGGCAGUCAAGAAAAGCAAAGGAAGAAAAUAACCAUACAAGAGGUGACUGGAUUUGAUGAAGAGGAAGAGGGACAGUUUGCUACAUCAGAAGAUGUGACUGACAGCGUUACUUCUAAGGAAGCAGUUCAGGAGAGUGUGCCACUGAAGACCUCUGAGAAACUGCAUGUUUCUGAACCAACUAAUGCUUACGACUUCGGUCAGAUUAUAAAUGCAGUGAAUGCCAAUAAGGAUAAAGCUGCUUGUGCAGAUCUUUUAACAGUUACUGAUCCCAAAAAAUUGCCAGUGCUGCUAAGUAACAAACUUGAAGGAGAAAUCUUUGUGUUUUUUAUCCAGUCAUUGGAAUAUUAUGUAGUUGGAAGAGAUCCUGGUCUUGUAUAUCAGCACCUACUCUACUUGAGCAAAGCAGAAAGAUUUAAGGUGGUGCUGGCCCUUCUUAGCAAAAACGAGAAAGAACAGGUUCAGCAACUGUUUGAUUUACUUUCAGAAAACCAGAAUAAUCAGUACUCUUCAGAAGAUCUCAAGAGCCUUAAAAAGAUUUAUGAACUUUAA